GGAAGUUCCAGACUGAACUGGGCAAGUCUUGGGCCUCUGAAAUUGCAUCAAGAAGAAAAACAAAAUGUUAGUUUCUUGUUGAAAAUUGAAGCUACACUUUUUGUGUAUAUAAAGCAGGACAUCUAAAUGGAAUUAUUUCUAAAACUUGAUCUUCUUGCUUUCCAGCAUCUGGUGUAAUUAUGAUACAUGAUGAAUAAUUUUCUCCUAAGUUUUCCCUCCAUGUUUUGUGCUCUGCAGUCCUAAAAAAUAAUGGCAAUAAUUGAAGUCGAUUAAACUUUUUCUUUCUCUUCGCCAUUUGAGGACCUGGUAAUUUAUUUAGAGAAUAACAUUUCAGUGAUGACUGAAGUGUUGCUUCAUAUUCUUAUUUAGAAAACAAAGAAACCAAGGGACUGAAGUGACUUUAGGCCAUAUUAGGAGCAAUUUCAUGAUAAAAUGUUUUGGAUAUUUGAUGUAUUCUUGGUAGGGCAUUGCCAUUUAUUUCCCACAAUGUUUUGAUCUAUAUAUAAUUGGAUUGUCUGAUAUUUUCAAGC